AUGAGUCGUUGGUUCAGUUUCGGUACAACGAAAGAGGCUGAGCCUCAGACUACCCGAGCAUUGCCUGCCUCAUGGUACCGUUCUUCAGCGAUGUAUGAACUGGAACGACGAGCAAUCUUUUCCAAGAAGUGGAUUGUUGUAUCACACAAGGCGAGAUUCACCGAAGUGGGUGAUUAUUUGCGUAUCACCCAGGCUGGCUUCACCUUUUUCUUGAUCAAAGGUCGUCAAGGCGAGAUUAGGGCCCAUCAUAAUGUCUGUCGACAUCGGGCAUUUCCACUGGUAGAACAGGAUGCAGGAAGAGUCAACAUUCUUUCUUGUAAAUAUCAUGGCUGGUCCUAUGGACUCGAUGGCAAAUUGGCCAAGGCUCCAAAGUACCAAGAGGUUCCGACAUUCGACAAGUCUGUGAACAGCCUCUACCCGAUCCAUGUCCAUGUCGACAAACUCGGUUUCAUCUGGAUCAACAUGGACGUCAGCCUUACUCCUGCAGUGGCCUGGGACGAAGACUUUGCCGGUGUCGAUACUCAACCACGCCUACAGCCAUUCGAUAUGGAAGCUUAUCACUUUGAUCAUCAGUGGGAGAUGAUUGGGGACUAUAAUUGGAAGACACUGGCAGAUAACUAUAAUGAGUGUUAUCACUGUCCUACUGGACACCCCGCGCUCAAUGCCCUCACUGAUCUGUCAAAAUACUGGGUUGAGACAGCUGGAGGCCAUAUACAGCACUUCAACGUGGAUAAGCCCGACAAAGAUGGCAUGGGCAUCUACAGUACUUUCUAUUACCCAAAUGCCUCUAUCACGAUCUCACCCCCCUUCUUCUACAUCAUGCGCUGUAUCCCCAUUUCCGCAUCACAGACCAAGAUGGAGUACGAAGUGUACAAAGCCAACAGUGCUUCUGACGAAGAUUUCAACGAGAUCAGCGACUGCUUUAAGCAGAUUCUCAAAGAAGACAAGGAUCUCUGCAACGCAGCGCAGAAGAACUUGAAUGCUGGUAUCUUUGUCAAUGGCGAGCUCCAUCCUCGCGUAGAAAAGGGUCCUCUGUUCUUUCAAGAGACUACACGAAAGCUAGUUAUGGAACAUCAUAAGCAAGAAGAGUCUGAAGGACAUGAGAUUUGGCCGGCUACACGAAAGAGUGGGCAGUCAGGCAAUGCGCAGGGCGAUAUUGACUUCUGCAACAAGCUAGAAGCGUGUGCUGGGUCUGACAGUCUCAAAUGGUGA